UGAACAUGAAAUAAUUUUUUGGAAUAAACUUCGAAUUAUAAAAGGCUAUUAUCUGAAUACUUUAGUCUUUCCAGACUCCAGAUGUAUACAUUUCUUUCAUCUUAGCAUGAGAGACUUGUGCGCAUGUAGGUUCGGGUCUUCAUGCUGGAUGCCGUGCUAGAGACAGACGGUAAUACGGUACCGACACGUUUCAAUUGGAAAGAAUCUGGAAAAAACGCGAUGAUCACUGAUCACUGAUCGGGGGGCGGUGGGCUAUGUGAUGGCGCACCUUUACUCACUCUCUUGGUGGUGCACCGCGUACCUGUAUCACCCAGUAUGAAUGGCGCAUCAAAAAGUUUGACUGGUUUCUUCUUCAAUUUCUGCAAUUAUAUAGAUGCACUUCCUGCAUCCAUUGUUAUCGAAAUUAAACACGCACACUCAGAAGUCAUCAACUCCUCAGACCAGGAACCUUUCACAAACCGAGUAUUGUUACCUCUUACGCCAAACAACGAUCGUUUCCAUCAUGCUUGCUCUAGAAAAUAUUAUUGCUGUAUGCUUUGGCCUGACCAGCGUUUUCCUUGCGGUUCUUUCUCUCUAUGUCAUGUGCAGACCAAAAGCUGCCCCAGACAUACCAGGGCCGGAUCUUGAGUCGGGACCACGAGCUACGAGCCUCUUCUCCAGUCGAGAAUAUCCGAUCCCAGCAUCUUCUGGUCUUCUCAGUAGAGCUCCUUCGACCUCAGCAUAUUCCAGUCGCCCUAGCAGCGCUCAAAUCUCGUUGCACGAUAAUACCCACAACCAACUCCGUUCAAAUAGACCCCCGCCUCAACGUGCGACAAAUCAAUUACAAAAUUUCGGCAUGCUCGUGCCGGACUUGACAUUUGCUACAGUGGAACCUUCUUCUGAAUCCGCGAUUGAACUCUAUCAGGUAACGCACUUGACGAGGCUUAUAUCGUACAAUCGGAGUCGGGGUUGAUCUUCGAGGCAGGGUGUAUCUUAAAAUGGCGGCUGGAUAGUUUGAAUUAUCGAUGGGUAUCUUGGUAUACAUGAUACCAUUGAUGGAGUUAUUGUUGAAGAUGGAGACUAUGAAUUAUUAUAUCUCGGCAUGGGACGGCGUUGAUGUUUAUAGAAGAAUUGAUUAUUGUGUUUUGAUAUAUUGUUGAGAUGCUUUCAGUUAGUGGGAAUCGGGUAGUAGCGAUUGGACUAUAGAUGGCAUCAGACUCGAAGGCGUGUUCACAUCACCCGACGAGCAUCCGAGAUAGUUUUCGAAAUGAAUUAUCUUUGAAUACUGCCACAGAA